GGCAUACUUCCAUCAAGCUAACAUUCCGAACAAUCAGACAAAUUUGACUGUGCCUAAAUUCACCUUGACACAUCUUCAUUCGGCCAUGACAUACUAUAUAACAGUGUAUGCUACAGUAGGAACAUCUACUCACAGAUAUAAGAUCAUCCAGGUUACAACACUAGACGAUGUGCCAGAUGUACCGAGAUAUAUUGGGGUAUCUAGCACGACUAGUUCUCAGACGAUAGAAGUUUAUUGGGGAGAUCCACAAGUUUUUAAAGGAGAGAUUCUCUAUUUUGAAGUAUGUAUUGGAAAGACAAACAUGACUAUUCAUUACUGUGUACAGUCCAAGAAAAACAUGUACACAUUUGAUUCCCUGGAAAAUGAGCAACCAUUCGUAAACGGACAAAAAUAUUUUGUACAGGUAUCUGCAGUAGAUAGUGUUGGCGAGGGUGCAAAAACUGAACCGAAAAAUAUCACAUUUGGCAUUGAGGGCAUAUCAUCAUACGUUGGGGACUUGGAGGGAACACCUGUUGGUAAUACCUCCAUCAAGCUGACGUGGGUGGCCCCAGCUAAUGACGGUGAAAAGAUAAACAAUUAUGUGGUACAUUAUCAGAAUCUGCUAGGAAAUAUGGUCACCCGCAUUGUUGAUAAGAAAACACUUUCUUAUGUUGUUGAGGACCUUUGUCCAGGGUCGUGGUACACGUUUUCUGUUGCUCCUAACAACAAGGUAUCAGGGACAGGACCUGGAAUCUACAUCUCCAGUAAAACAGAUGGUGCUGCUAUAGGUAAAAUCUCUAAUAUAAGUGUGGAAUGGAUAGCACCUGCUGUGUUGAAGGUAUCUUGGCCAAUUCCUGAUGGAGCUAGCCCUAAUGAGAAUUACACAGUGUAUUACGACUAUGACCCGGACAAUUUACACUCACAUAAAGUAUCACAAUACGCAAAGAAGAGGAUAGUGAAUACAAACUCUACAAUAAUCAAUGGACUGAGAGGGUGUGAGUUGUACUAUUUCAGGAUCGCCCCCGGGAACUGUAUUUUAUCAGAGGUGAAGUCGGAAACAACAUACUAUGAUCAAUUGGCAGAACCAGAAGAUCUUGCCUUCCACCCAAUUAAUAUGUCCAGUGGCAAUCUAACUUGGAAGGCGUCCUGUCCUAAUGGGGAACCGACAGUAUGUAUUAUUAUACAGUUACAAUAUUUCU